CGCUCUUCCCGCAGUAACUCCUCAGUGAAUGUGUUGUCUCUUGUCACCUGCACUUCAUCGUCGACAACAGCAUUCCCUUCACAGUGUAAUGGCAGGAAGGGCUGCUGCCGCCUUCUGGUUGACAGAGAUGGACUAUGAACAUACACUCAGCCCUGCAGGCAACUAAAUCUCUACUUGUCCAGCUGUAACUCCAAAUCCAAGGUUGCUGUCGAAAACAACUGGGCAACCAUCAGCGAUAAUGGACCUAAACUUCAGCAGCGAGAGGAAAAAGACUGUCAUGGCUGGGAUUCAGCGGCUGCCUGUGAACUUGCCGGCAAAUGUUUGCUGAAACCAUUCGCCUAAAGGAGUAUUGAAAAGACUAAAAAAAAAGCGAACUUGGCUGUCGACUGCAAGCAGUUUGUGUGUCUGUGGCGAGGUGUGUAAUCAUGGGGAAAGAACAGGAUCUGCUGGUGGCCGUGAAGACUGGAGAUCUUCUGCUGGCGCACAAACUCCUCUCCAAAGUCAAGUGCAACAAAACAAAGUUGCUGGGCUCCACCAAGAGACUCAACAUCAACUACCAAGACUCAGACGGAUUUUCAGCAUUGCACCAUGCCGCUCUGACGGGCACCACGGAGCUGCUGUCUCUGCUGCUGGAGGCCCAGGCCACGGUGGAUAUCAAGGACAUCAACGGCAUGCGUCCCCUCCACUAUGCAGCAUGGCAGGGUAAAGCAGACUCUGUCUUAUUGUUGCUGAGAGCUGGAGCUUCAGUCAACUCUGCUUCCCAUGAUGGACAGAUGCCGUUACAUCUCUCUGCUCAGUAUGGACACUAUGAGGUGUCUGAGAUGUUGCUGCAGCACCAGUCCAAUCCCUGCCUGAUGAACAAGGCGAAGAAGACUCCUCUAGAUCUGGCCUGCGAGUUUGGGAGACUGAAGGUGGCUCAGUUGCUGCUGAGCAGUAACAUGGUGACAGCACUUUUAGAAGGGGAGGGGGGGCAUGACAGCCUGGAGUCUCCUUCCACCACUCCCCUCCACCUGGCAGCCAGGAAUGGACACAAAGACAUCAUCAAGUUGCUCCUCAAAGCUGGUAUUGACAUCAACAGAUCCACCAAAGCGGGGACGGCUCUGCACGAGGCUGCCCUCUAUGGCAAAACGGAAGUAGUGCGGCUUCUGCUUGAUGCGGGCAUCAAUGUGAACAUGCGCAACACGUACAACCAGACAGCUUUGGACAUCGUCAACCAAUUCACCACCUCCACAGCCAGCAGGGAAAUCAAACAGCUGCUGAGAGAGGCAUCGAGUUCUCUCCAGGUCAGAGCGGUGAAGGACUACUGGAACCUCCACGACCCCACUGCUCUUAACCUCCGGGCUGGAGAUCUGAUUAUGGUCCUGGAGCAGCACUCAGACGGCCGCUGGAAAGGUCACAUCCACGACACGCAGCGUGGGACGGACAGGGUGGGCUUCUUCCCGCCUUCAGUGGUGGAGGUCCUCAGCAGACGCGCAGGAGGCACCCUCUCCCGCCAAGCCUCAAUGCCUUGCCAACGACAACACUUUGCAUCCAGAGCUCCUCCCUCAAGCCAUGGUCCCGCCCCUCAGACUGAUGACUCAUACACCCUUGGCUAUGAUCCUGCAGGUGACAGGAACAGUGUUGGGAGUGCGGGCAGCGUGGGCAGCAGCCGCAGUGCUGGAAGCGGACAGAGCUCCGAGAGCAGCCACAAACAGAAUGGGAUUCCAAAUCGCCACAAUGCUGACGCUGGCAAGCUUGCUCCCUCUGCUGGUGAAACAGGAGACCAUCUCCACAUUGCAGGAGCGGACCACAGCAAACAGGCAGAUGGAUCCACAGGUGGUUCCCGGCGGCAGGUCAACGGCACUCCUCAGAAAGGCUUUGUGAGGCCAGAGGAGCUCCUGGAGGGCAAGGACUCUGAGGCCAUCUACCAGUGGUUAUGUGAGUUCCAGUUGGAGCAGUACACAGCCAACUUCAUCAACGCAGGAUAUGAUGUACCCACCAUCAGCAGGAUGACCCCAGAGGACCUUACGGCCAUCGGAGUGACCAAACCAGGCCACCGAAAGAAGAUCUCAAUGGAGAUCGGCAAGCUGAGCAUCCCUGAGUGGCUGCCUGAUUACAUUCCUUCGGACCUGGGCGAAUGGUUGAGUGUGAUCGCACUGCCUCAGUAUCAUAAGAGAUUGUGUGAAAAUGGUUAUGACUCCAUUUCUAUCGUCAAAGACAUCACCUGGGAGGAUCUGCAGGAGAUAGGGAUCACCAAACUGGGCCAUCAGAAGAAGCUCAUGUUAGCAGUGAAAAGACUCUGUGACCUGCAGCGCUCUCGUAACCAUGCCGACAGAGCCGGAGGUGGGACUCUCCGACGGAAGCCUCCCGCCGCCCUGGAACUGGUGGCCAUCGAACACACGCCAACACACAACGUGCAUGCUCAUGCUCGCUCUGAUGCUUCCUCUGAGGACUGCUGCCCCUCCCCUCGCACCCCCAGGGCCCUCCUCUCCUUCCAGGACAGCGAGUUGAGCGCCGAGCUGCAGAGCGCUAUGAUGGGCAGGGCGGGAGGCGGAGCCGGCGAGGCGUUUGGCAUCAGGGGCGUGACAGCCGCGGCAGUUAUGUCUGCCAUGUCGGUCAGUCAGGAGAGCAUUAGCACACGAUCACGGGGAUCUGGGAAUUCAGGGAAUUCGGGAUAUUCUCAAGAUCACCAAUCUGCACCGUCUUCAACCAGGAUAUCCAGCCGCUCAGAGGAGAGUCUGGGGAGCGGUGCAGGGGAGGAUGCCAAGCGUGGAGGGGGCAGUCCUGGAGGCAGGAGUAGACAGAGACCCACAGAGAUGUGGGAGCACCAGAGUCGAUCAGCUACUCCCAACAAACUCCCCUUCUCCCCUCUGACUCCUCCGCUGACCCCCAGCAAGAUGCCUCGCUUUGCUUACCCGGCCGUCCCCCCAAAGACCAAACACUUCCAGUCCCCGAACCGCCUCUAUCAGUCUCAGCACCACCCGCCCCCUUCGCCGUCCUCUCCGUCUCCGCAGCCGUCCCCCACACAGAAGGCUUUCAGCUACAUCCACGCACAGGCAGGAGCUCUCAACGGGGCUCCGAGGGUCCUCUCCAAGCCUCUACCUGGAGCCGUCCCUCUGCUGGGACCCCGGCCUGGACAGGGCCCAGCUGAAAACACCCAGAGGGGCACGCACAAGAAGCGCGCCCAAAGCUUGACUCGAUAUGCUUUGUCUGAUGGUGAACCGGACGAAGACGACGACCCUGCUCCCUCCCACAACUCUGCCUCCUCCGCAGCCAUGCCCUCCUACGCCACCCUGUCGCGCAGGCCAGGGCGCGGGCACACAAGCGCCACAGGAGCCCAACGCCACAUCAACCGCAGCCACUCGUUCGCCGUGAGGUCUCGCCGCAAAGGGCCUCCCCCACCGCCGCCCAAGAGGAUGAGCUCAGUGAGCGGCAGCCCAGCACGCCAACAAGGAAACGGGGAGGCGGUGGAGCCAGACGUGAAGGCGGGGGUGGAGACGGAGAGCACGGGCAGUGUGAGGAGCAUCGCGGCGAGGCUGGAGGGCAGCAGCAGCAGCAGUAGCCCAUCCAGGAGGAUCGAUAUACCGCCAAGUCACAUCCCAGUUUCACCUGUUUUUCUCCCCGUUUCCUCCCCAAUUCCACGCGGGGCAACUCCUCAUAUCAUCCUCCAGCACUCCAAACCGGUCCCUGCUCUGGGCGUGGGGGGACUUAGGAGGACAGGAAGUGAGAGGACAGAAGUGGACACUGACAGACAAACACUUGAAGAGAAAGCAAGGAAAAGUGACAGAGUGUCAAAGAGUGCAACAGCAUCUCCAAAGCACGCCGAGCACCUCCCUUUCGCCGAAGAAGGCAACCUCACCAUCAAGCAGAGGCCCAGGAUGGCCGUUGCCACCCGUGCCGACGCUGAAGUCAAGACUCCUCCAGAUCGUCCACCCCAAACCCCGACAAGCCUGGAGCUCCCCGAGUUCAACCUGAAAGAGUCUGACACGGUGAAAAGAAGACACAAACCCAAAGACAAAGACUCGUUGACACCUGACGAGCCUACCACCCCAAACAGAGACACCAACACCCUCCACACACACGGUGAAAUGAGUGCGCAGAGCGACGAUGAAUCUCAGAGGCCAGGUCAUGUGUUCCAGAGAGUAGGCUCCAUGGGAAAAGGCCCAAAGCCGCCGGUGUCCUCAAAACCUUCCAGUCCACUCAAACUACCCCCUAACAGCAGACCAACGACCCCCCAGAAAACACUCUCUUCAGCACCAGUUAGUGCACAAACAGCCAUUCCAAAACUAACCAGCAUACAGAUUCACACAGUCUCCCCGAAGCUGGGCGGCAGCAUUCACACACAGACAUGUAUCCCCAGUCCCAAACCUGUGCACCCACAGACAGCGAUGUCCAAGCCGGAAAGUCCUCAGAAAGCUGGUCUGUCUGUAUCAAGACUCCCUCAGUCCAGCAUGGGCUCUGCACCAACAGCAGGGCUAAACCUUAACAUGGUCCAGAGUGUUGCGUUCGCUGCUCCAUCCUCCCCUGCUCCGGCCCCUUCGUACCCCAGCUCAGCACCUAUGGGCCCGGCAGGGAAAACAGGGACACCCCUUACUGGUGCGGCCGGUCUGGAGGUGCUGGCUCAGAAGAGGCUGGAGCAGACCAGUACAUCGCUGGAAGCUGCUCUCAAAGUGGUGGAGAACAAACUGGCACAGGGGAGCAAUGUGGACAGUGGCAGCAGCACAGUGAAGGCAGCAGGGAAUAUCCUGGAUGACAUCGGCAACAUGUUCGAUGACCUGGCUGACCAGCUGGACGCCAUGUUGGAGUGACACCCCCCGAACUCGCUCCCAAAUUUUGCCAGGAGAGCAGCAGAGCAAACAUGGAGAGUGAGCUGCCUUUGAUACUGGUGAGACCGCUCUUUCUCCAUCACUCUGGGUGAAUCAAUAACACAGAUACUUUAUUUAUCCCCAUCGGGGUCAAGUGCACAUCUGAGGAUUUCCUGCACAACUUUUCCUCAAUAUCGUCCACUUCUUUAACGCGAGCACUUCGCCUUAGGACUCACACCUGGGAAUGUUAUUGGAGCAACAACAAACUGCAGCUUCCAGACCUUUGUGUGUGUGUAUGUGUGUGUGUGUGUGUGUGUGUGUGUGUGUGCGUGUGCUCAGAGUAGUAUCACUAAAGGGAACAAGGGUCCACUUUCUUCACUGUAAAUGUAUAGAUGAGUCUAUGGUGGCACUGUGUAUGUGUGUAGUCAGAUAUCUUUAUACUGAGUAUAUUUAUACUUCUAUGUUUGUUUUGUAACAAAGGUCACUGUUGAAAUCACUCUUGUGUAUAUUAGCAUAACUGUCUUAUAUAUUUUGCUGCUUGUUGUCUAUAACACGGGGAACAUAAUGUUUAUUGUAUUUAAAGCAGCGUAUUCCUGAUGUGUUUCAACAUGUUUUUACCAAAGUCUUUUCUUCCUCAUCAGGAGGUAUGUUAUGAGGCUUCUGUCAGCACAGACUGAGGAAUCAUUGAUGUCUGUGAAAAGAUGAGCAUCAGGUGUGAGUGAGGAGCUCAGUCCAGCUCGUGCUAAAAGUUUGAAAGGUUUUACGGCUCGCCUCAGGGUGUUAUGAGGUGGAUUUAUUGUACGUGUGCUGUUUUCAAAGAGCAGCACCAAGAAUUUCAAGUAACGUCCAACUUCUUAGAUAUAUUUGUUAUUUCAAAGUGACUAAAAGCUGGGUGUAUAUAGAGGAGUCUGGACAGGACCACUGGAAUCAUUUCAGACUUUUACAUGUUUAACCCUUUGAAACCUUGAGCGACAUAAUUUUUUAAACUCUGAGCAA